AAGGCUGUAUAUAAUCGAAAAAUGAUAAAAAUGACUCCAGGAGGCUCAAUUACUUUAAACUCUUCAUCAUACAGUAAUCAGCAAGGUAUCCUCACCCAAGAUGGAAGACCAGCAAGAUAGCAUCAUGAGCCAAGGCCUCUUCAUCGGCCUCUUGGAAAUGAUAUUUCCUGGCAUGACAUAUCUCCCCUACUUCGCAGCCUUUGCUUUCUUGAUCAAAUAUGCUCUCGAAUCUUGGUCCGAAUCCAUUACCGCGCGCUUCAUCUCAACCGUCGAAAUUCAUGCUCAGGAUGAAACAUACAACUAUCUUAUGAACUGGGUCUCCCGAAACAAUAUCUCGCAAGAUAACUAUCGCCUCCAAGCUUCCGCUGCACUGAAUAACUCCUCUUUUACUUGGUCAGAUGAGCAGGAUGACAAACCUGACGUCGAUGAUGACGAGGAAGAUGAUCCUGUGGGCAGACAGAUCAACGAGAUGCGGUCCAAAUCAACGGCAUCUCUCAAUAACGCUAAACCUCUGUACUGGACGCCAGCUUUCGGUACACACUUCUUUCGAUAUGAGGGCCGUAUGUUAGCGUUCACUAGAUCACUUGAGAGCGGAAACUAUACAUCUACACCGCGGCAGCCUGAGAAACUUGCCAUAUCUUGCCUUGGCCGAGACGCCACGGUACUCAAACGCCUGCUGUACAACGCUCGCAUCGACUUUUGUGAGAAGCAAAAAGGAAAGACUGGUAUCUUUCGAGCCACCAAACCAUAUAGCGAAGAUGAGAUGUCUUGGACUCGAUGCAUGUCGAAAGCGACGAGGCCUAUGUCUACAAUCGCCCUGGACGAACAUCUUAAGCAAAAGCUCAUCAAAGACCUCCGGAGAUAUCUAGAUCGUCAGACGAAACACUGGUAUGCAAAUCGGGGCAUCCCAUAUCGUCGCGGUUACCUCUUCUCAGGUCCUCCCGGUACCGGUAAAACGAGUCUAACUCUCGCGGCAGCUGGACUUAUGGGCCUGGAUAUCUACAUGGUUAACUUGAACUCCCCCCGCAUCAAUGAAGAUAGCCUUGCGUCUCUCUUCCAGAAGCUGCCAUAUACCUGCAUGGUACUACUUGAAGACAUAGACGCUACAGGAUUAGCGCAGAGACGUAGCGCAGAUACAGCGACGAUGGGAUCCCGAGGACGGAAGAAAAAGAGUGCAGAGCGCCUCUCACUUUCAGGUCUUUUGAACAUAAUCGACGGCGCAGCUGCUCAAGAGGGACGCGUUCUCGUCAUGACUUCAAAUCACACCGAGAAUAUUGAUCCAGCUCUUAUUCGGCCAGGCAGAAUCGACUUUACCAUCAACUUCCAGCUCGCUACAUCAGAAGCAGCUGAAGCGCUCUUCGCUCAAAUGUACGAUGCGCCAGAUAUAGACCAUGAGUCGGAAAAGAAGGCGGUAAAAUCUUUGCGGGAUCAGGCACGGGAGUUUAGGGAUAAGAUUCCCAACCUUGCUCUUAGUCCUGCAGCUAUUCAGGGGUUCUUACUUACCCAUCAGGAAGAUCCUGAUGGGGCCCUUGCUGCUGUUGAUGAGUGGGUACAAGAAACACUGAAGCAGAAGAGUGUUGCAGUUGAAGAAGUUGCUCAGUCUGAAAAGGAAUACACGGACUCUGAAGACGAUGGCGAUAGUGAUGGGGACUCCAAUGCUUCUUAUCACAAAUGAUAAGUAGUUGUAAUAAUAAGUGUUACGUUGUCAGAUAGAAAAGUGUAAAUAAAC